CCAAAUGUCAGCCGAAUUGCACGUGUGUGUUGUGUGUAGAUCUCUUGAAUGUUUUGUUUUCAUUACGAAUUUUUUCUUCUUCCACACUUGUUAAUAAAUUAAAUAAAAAUGGGCAAACAAAAGAAAACAAAAAAAAUCCAAAAACAACGUAAUGCUCAACUUUCACGUCUAAUGAAACCUACCGACAGGCGUAUCAAAGAAGAACUACGUAAAAAACGAAAAGUUGCCAUAGAUCCACUCAAAUUGAAAAUAAAUGAAGCUCCACAAACUAGUUCAGCUCUAUUCUUCCAAUACAACACUCAAUUAGGACCUCCAUAUCACAUUAUUCUCGAUACCAAUUUUAUAAACUUUAGUAUAAAAAAUAAGCUGGACAUAAUUCAAGGAAUGAUGGACUGUCUUUAUGCCAAAUGUAUACCUUACAUUUCUGACUGUGUUCGAGCUGAAUUGGAGAAACUCGGAGCCAAAUAUAAACUUGCUUUGAGAAUAAUCUCCGACCCGAGAUUCGAAAGAAUGCCAUGUUUGCAUAAAGGUGAUUAUGCUGAUGACUGCAUUGUUAACAGAGUUACACAACACAAGUGUUAUAUUGUGGCAACAAACGAUAAAGAUUUAAAGAAUCGAGUUAGGAAGAUUCCAGGUGUUCCAAUUAUGUAUGUCGCCGCACAUAAGUACACUAUUGAACGAAUGCCAGAAGCUUAUGGCAUUAAGACAUGAUUUUAAAGGAAAAUAGUCUUUAGAGUGAAAUGUAAUCAAAAAAGUUUUAUUUUGUAUAUUUUUUUUUUUCUAUACAAACCAUUAAAAAGUGUUUAGUUUGACAAAUUGAACAAAGUUUUAA